UCUAUUCUCUGUAGACGUUAUGGCGUCUGUCCAAGGGCAAAUUCGAAUUGUUAAUCGUGAAUUCAAGGCGGCUUAUAAUAAUCGAAAAAGCUUGGCAUACUUUAAAAUUACUCAGACGUUAAUCAUCGAGGUAGAGCCAUUUUUUCUUAUGUUACACAAAUUACGACUUGAAGCGAAAAGAACUAUUACGUUAUUAGUAUGGUUGUAGGCUCCUUCUUGUUAUGAUUUAUAUUGUGUUAUAUGUAUUUUGUUUAUUUUUAAUGUCCGAAAUAUGUUCCCGAACCGGCUUUCUUCUGCUUAGAAAAUUGAGAUUCUACUUUUGUAGAAAAUUGGGUGAAAUUAGAAAUAAUGCAUAAAAAUAAAUAUUUUACUAACUGUGUUAAAGGCCCUGUCACACUAUUGCGUAUGAGAGAAACGUAUGAGAAGCGUAUGAAAAUCAAUGAAAUAAUUUUCAUACGCACAAAAAUCCUUUGAAAUGCCAGCGUAUGAGUACCGUACAUCUGGCGUACCUCUAGCGUAUUCAGCGUGUGCCUAGAGUAUGCUUAUCGUAUAAAGCAUACGUCCGAUACGCAGAAAAUUUUUGAACAUGCUUAAAAAAUAUUUUCUGCCUCGCCGUAUGCCACCGUAUGCGACCGUGCUUGAAACGUAUACAACCUAUGCCUAACGUACCCCUAGCGUAUGUCAGCGUAUACCGGCGUAUGAGUGAUAUUUUUCAUACGCUGGCAUACGCUAGUACGAUACGCAAUAGUGUGACAGGGCCUUAAGUUAAAGUGAGAAACGUUUUCCUAAAUUUACUGAAAAAUACAUAUAUAUCGCGUGAAGUACAGAAAUUGGUCCAAUAACAAGUCAAUUUGGAAAAUGUACUGGCCAAUUUUCGGUGCAGCUUCCGGUUAGGGCAUUACACAUAUUCAAAUUUUUCAGUAGAUUCAAAUUUUUGUAGCUGAUAGAUUAUAAAAGGAGUUUCCAUGCGAAGAAUAAUUGACUUAAAAGUUACCUAACUAUUGAACAAAGAACAUGCACCUAUCUGAAUUUAGUUAGAAGUAUAAAUUUAUUUGAGAUUCAUACUAAUAUUAUUAUUAUUCAUAAUCAUAUUGCAGCUAAGCAGACUCUACAGAAGAACUUCGACGCUGAGUCUUAAGUUUCAUUCAAUCUUCAUUAUAAGAUUAUUGUAAGUGUUUUUGGCUCAGUAUCAUUGCCAAACUAUUGUAAUAGUAAUUCCAUCCAUGAACUUUCUUUCUAUUAUGCUUAAAAUUUAAAAAUGCAACAAAUUUGUCAUGAAAAUAUUGAAGAAUGAGCUAAUACUGUAUAACAAUGCAUGGCAUUGAAUUAAUUCAGCAUUAUCGAAAAAAUGAAUAUUUUUAGUGAUUUUUACAACCGCCAUUUUGCUUGGUACAAAUUAUCAUGCAUCUGAAUUUAAUUUCAUCGACCUCAUGAAGAUUGAGGUUGCAUAAGGUACGAUUAGGAUACUAUUAAGAAUUUGAGGAACGAAAUUUAACGAGCAAAACGUAUAGUCCGCGUUCCAUUGCACGCUCGGCAAAAUAGUAAUUUUUAUUCCAUAAUCACAUGAUAAUAAUCAACUAAUUAAAUGAACAUAAUUUAAUGAUAUAAUAAUAUCAUAUCAAAUAACUUAUUUAAUUCGAAGAUAUCGCGAGGUUUCUGCAACUCUGCUUUAUUUCAGCCAUCGGCUUCCGAAAAGUCUUACCUUGACUUUUAUAAAUCGUGUAUUCAAAAUCCUCUUCCAAAUUAUUGUUUCACAUUGCAAUUUGCAGUCAAGGAUCUGUGGGCGUCGACUAUGUUGCAACAUUCAACGAUACCACAGGUGUAAAUAAUGAAAUGAUACAGGAAGAAUUGGUUGGAGUAUUGAAUGCGACAAAGAAUGGAACAUUUAUUGGUGAUAGCGACCUAAAAAUCAGCAAUAAAACUGAUUUGAAUGAAGUAGCAAACGAAUUAACAUUUCAAGGUAAGUCUGACAUGCAAUGAUCCCGCCUGGCCGGGAUAGAGAAUUUUUAAAACAGGAUUAUAUAAAUUUAUCUUACGAGUGGGAUCUCGGUAACAGGUAGUUGCGAUAACUUUUUCACCUUCCUACUAUAUACAACAAAUAUCAGCACACUAUAAACACGCGCUAGAAUGCCAAGGGCAUGCAUGAUACGAGUUACAGUCUAAAUAUGAACUUGCCAAAAGUCACCGUGAGCAGAGUAUAACGUCUCUUCAUUUCAGACUACGAUGAAUGCAAUCCACCAGAUAUUAUCCACACCCCUGAUUGUGGUAACAACGCAACUUGUGUCAAUAGAAAUAUGAGUUAUGAUUGUGUUUGUGAUGAGGGAUUUGCCAACGAUGGCACUGGUUGUAUCCGUAAGUACUAUUAUUUAUGUCCAUAGAAAAUCGAAAAAUAUACAGACCAAAUGUUAAUUAAAGCGGUUUAUCAAAACAGUCACUAUGAUCCUUUAGCUACCCUACAGUAAUUGUGUACUCUGACACAAUAUAUACCUUAAACAUUACCAAGAUUUCUUCCAAUAUCAUUGCAUAAUUUUUCAUCAAUUACGUCUUAAUUUUAUAUCUUGUGCUUUUUUAGUUUUGCUUGCCCAGAGAAAUGGUAUGUACCCUUGAUUCAGUCUUUUAAUUGGAAUUAAUUAUAAUUUAAUUAGAAGUUUAGUUUGCCAGCUAUAUUUAUACUAUAUGCAUGUUUCAACUUCAUUAACUAGUAUAUUAAUUAACUGACUACAAAUUAAAAUGCCCAGUUAGAACAACAAAAAUAUCCACAUGAUAAAUGAAACAUUACCCAAAUUAUCAAUGUAAAUAUAGCACAUGCGUUCAAUGCUCUAUGAGAUGGUACUGAAAAUUUUUGAACACAAGUACUCGUCAAAUAUAUAAUUAUUCCACGAAUUAAUUUACCCGUUGUAUACAGUUUACUUCAAACAUAGCAGUACAAUUAAUACAUGUAUAUAUAGAACUACAUGCAUGGAUUUAAGUGUGUUUUCAAAUAAUGUGUCCUUAUUUUUUCUACUUUCAUUUUUACAUAAAAUCAAUUACCACAUGGUUUUUAUAUAAAUAUAAAUUAUAAAUAUAUUUUAUACUUAUUGCUUCUAUUAAUUUAUGAAAUUCGUUUUAUGACAUUAUUUAACAUUCUUUUAUUACAGUGGAUAAAAAUGAACUUGAUGAAGUCAGGGCUUUCGUUAUAGCAGUCAUUGUUUGGCUCGUCCUGUGUUUCUUAAUCGCCUUCAUCCUGGUUGUAAUUGCUGGGUUGAAGUAAGUGAUACUGUAAGAACAGGUGCAAUUAUCUUAGAGUAGCUUAUUAAAGUUUAAUUAAGUAUUCAAACACUCAUUAAUAAUUCAUAAGCUUAUUGGCAAAUCAUGUCAACCAUAAUAUGCCACGUGCAGUGGCUUUAAACCUGAUAAAACACUCCUAAUUAGUAUUCUUUAUAUAAAGAAUACUAAUAAGGCAGUACCUAUUGUAGUCGUGUCCUCAUUAGUAUUCUUUAUAUAAAGAAUACUAAUAAGGCAGUAUAUCUAUUGAAUUUGUAGUCUUGUUUGAAGCCGUUUAAUAAACUCGCAGGUGUUGUUUUACUAGGUCUAAAGCCACUCGCGCUGCGCGCUCGUGGCUUUAAACCUAAUAAAACACUCCUGCUCGUUUAUUAAACAGUACAUAGUGUACAGAAGUACAAUUUGCAUACAUGAUGUUCACUUUUUCGUCUGUUAACAGAACAGAAUAUUGAUAGUUGGUACAGUUAAAUUUACAAUGUUUUAUAACCAGUCGAUAAUUUUUGUGUUUUAUUCAUGCGAAGAGUUGCAAGUUUAAAAAUGUUUAAUACACAUUUUAUAAACUUUUUUGUAGUUGAUAUAAACAGUAUACUGCUGAAAAGAAUACUGUAAAACAUUUUCAAAAAAUUAAUGAUUUCAAUCUCUCAACGUGUACCCUAUUGGAAUUUGAGUAAUCUUUUGCCGUAUCAUUAUUCCGAAUAAAAUUUCGAGUUUCUUGAAUCGCAUCACAUGCGCAUUGCCAAACAACUGUACUUCUUUAUCACACCAAUUGCUAAUUAGUAUUUUAAAUUUUUUUUUCAGCUUAUGCAAAGUACCCAGCGAGCGACAUACCGUGCGACACAGAUAUGAAGAAACCAACAUGCCUCGUAAUGUCACUACUCCUUCACACAGAUCUUCUGCAGUGACGGAUGCAUAUGAUUAUUAUGGCGAUGAAAUAAUAGUAUACUAAUGGACAUGCAAACACUUACUUAGUGCUACCACUAGAUGCAGUUGCACCAUUGAAGUAAAAGUACAUGGAAACUAUUUUACAAUAAUUAUAGCCAGUAGUAUCGGAGGAAAUAAAAGUGCACAAGAAACGUUUGUCUUUGGCAAACUUUUUCUGUGUGUUUCAAUACGAAUUUGCGCCAAUAAUAGAAGCGUUUUCUGGCAUUUGUCGCAUUUCACAAUUAAUUAUUCUAUAUAAUGUUCGUUCCUUUGAUGUAUGAGACAACACAUCCGUUGCACGUACUGCAAAACGUUAGACACAGACCAUACGUUAUACAGUAAUUUUCUUUGAAAAGGAAAAAUCUGAUUUUACCAAAAAAAUCAAUUUAAAUGUUAGAAACAUUCAGUAUAAUUGUAAAAUGUUUAUAAUCAUUCAUGACGCAAAUUCGUAGAAAAUGAUGUUCAAUGUUAAUGAGUUGUUGAACCACGUUGUACAGCUUACACAUUAGCCUCUCUAAGUUUUUUCUGGCGAUUUUUUUCGGUUAUCAUAAGUUUUAUUUCUUUUUCUGACUAUUUUGACUAUUUUGAUGCGUUUUACAAGCUAUAUUUCCGAAAUUCAGGUAGGGCCUAUAUAUUCCGAAAUUCUUGUAUCAGGUAUACAAUCUCUCGCUUUAUUAACGCAGUUUGAAUGUUUUUAUUUCAAUGGUUGCACAGUAUCAUGCACAUGCUUAAAUUAAUCAUUUUUUUAUUACUUGUAUUGUUCAUCGGAAUCAUUGCACGGCACGUUUUAUAUAAUGUAGUCCAUAUAGUGUCCAACAGGAGUGUGUAUCUUAUAAGCAAAUUCAAGCAAGUGAGCCACAUACUUGAAUGAUGCUAAUGUAAGCUAUAAUUAAAGCUAGGUAAAUUUAAGUAUACGAGUUAACGUAACAGAAUUACUUCGAUUUUCUAUUGGAAUCCCAAUUAGCCUUUCUCACGAUGACAAAUAUCCGCAAUUUUUGAGUAGCAUCUAAUUCUCGUUAACCAAUGCAGACAAUUAAAACAAUGUGAAAAGCAAUUUUUCAAAAUAAACUAACCAUAUACAAAGCAAAUUUACCAUCAUUCGUCCAAAAAUUUAUAAAAAAUCGCUGUUAUGUGGACUUAUCUCGCAGACUUCGCCUGAAAUAGCACCCAAAAUGGCGGCGUAAGAAAGGCUAAUUGGAAGUUGAGUCAAUUUCCAAUAACACCAUGUUCCUUGGAGCCUCGCUCUUGUGAAUCAUGUCUAAAGCCACAAAAACGUGUGUGUGAGAUAUUAUUGACGACAUGAUAAUAUAGGAUGUAUCGGUUUAUCUGAGAAGUAUAUCUUCAUGACACAUUUUAAGAGAUCAAGUUUACCGAGUUCUGCGCACGCGCAAGAUGUUAUAAAGAUUUAGCAUUGGAGCUAACUUGUAUGAUUUCGCUUAUUUGCAUUCUAAUUUUAUUUUUAUAAUAAACGUUUGUGGUAGCAUUGAUUGUUUGCAUUGUGUAUUAAAUUGCAUGGACCGGAUCGACUUAAGGCUUGGUUACCAUCAAUCACUGAGCUUGAUUACAUAAUGAUAUUUUAAAGUUCGUUGUUGUCGUGGUUGUUCUACCGCGGAAUCUUAUUUUGUUUACAUCUCGCUGGCAAGCUAGCAAUUACCAAUUUUCAACAUACAUUAAAAUUUCAUUUUAAUACUCCUAAAAUAAUAUUCUAUAUAAGAAGUACUCAUUUUCAUAA